CGGUCAUGUGAUCAGCUGUAUCCAAUCACUGCUGAUCGAAAGGGACAUUUACACUGAUCAUCAGGGCACUGAUGAUCAGUGUGCCCUGAUGAUCAGUGUAGCCCCAGCAGCAGUGCCACCUGCCAGUGCCCAUCGGUGCCUCAGCAAUGCAACAUCAGUGCAUAUCAAUGCCACAUAUCAGUGCCCAUCUGAGCUGCCCUUCACUGGCAGCUAUCAGUACCAGUUAGUGGCACCUAUCAGUGCCCAUCAGUGAUGCAUGUCAAUGCCCAUCAGUGCCACCUACCAGUGCCUCAUCAGUGCAGCCUUAUUAGCGCACAUCAAUGA